AUGCGUGGUAGGACGAUGUAUGUCAUCCUUUUCUCAAUGGGUCCAAUAAGUUCUCCAUUAUCGAAGAUUGGUAUUGAAAUAACGGACUCGCCAUACGUCGUCGAAUCAAUGAAAAUAAUGACUCGCGUGGGGGAACGAGUUGUGGAGCAACUACGCACCGGAGAUGAUCAAUUUGUAAAAUGCUUGCGCUCACCAAAGCAACAUAACGUUUCCACACAACAUUUUUAUCCGCAUGCGGAAGAAUCCCACAAUACUAUAAUAAUUUCUGACUGGCUUGGGAACAUGUGGUUUAAAUAUUCGGGAAAAGCUGCUGCGCAUCCGAACUCUCGCUUCUGUACACCUGCUGCUCAAUGCCGUAUUAUCGAUCCUGCUUGGGAAGUUCAGCAAGGUGUGCCGAUAAGCGCAAUACUCUUUGGCGGACGUCGUCCGGAAGGUGUCCCUCUAGUAUACGAAGCUCGAAACUGGGCACAUGGUGUAUUUAUAGGAGCUUCUAUGCGCAGUUAGGCCACAGCAGCCGCUGAGCGCAAAUAAAAAGUUAUUAUGAAUGAUCCAUUUGAAAUGCGACCCUUUUCCGGUUACAACUUUGGAGAAUAUCUUCGUCACUGGCUAAGCAUGGAGAAAAGAGGAAAAGCACCAAAAGUGUUUCAUGUCAACUGGUUUCGCAAAGGUGCCGAUGGUAAACUUUUGUGGCCCGGAUUUGGUGAUAAUUCGCGUGUAUUAUAUUGGAUUUGUAGGUGUCUACAUGGGGAAACUUGUUUUAGGGAUUCGAAAAUCGGCUACUUGCCUAGCGAAGGUAUAGAACGACAACAAAAAUCGAUUGACGUUAAGGACCUGUUUAGCUUGCCAUCUGAGUUUUGGCAUAAGGAAGUGGCCGAUAUCGAAAAAUAUUUCAUAACUCAAGUGGGUGCCAAAGACUCAAAUCAAUUAUCUGAAUUAAAGAACCGCGUAGCUAAUAUGUGA